CUCAGCGCUUUAUGAUUCGGCAACACCGCGUUAAAGGGCGCCAAUCAGCUGUGUUCAAAGAAUGGCGGCGACCGUCUCUGUCUCCAAGGGUGUGUUUGCCUUUAAGAGACCAAAGGUAAAAAAAAAUGAGGACCCGCCUGAAGCAACAUCACUGAAUUACUGGACCCAGGGUGAUAAUGAGGAUGUCAAGUUACUUACUUAUAAAAGUUAUGUCUCUUGUUGGCAGAAAGUCAACAAACUUAUUUUGAAUUUGCAGAAAAAUGUUCAUGCCAAAGUGUUUGAAGACCUAGUAGAAUUUGUAAAAAAUGCAGGAGAGAGCAGGAUUCAACAAGAAGAAAUUGAUAGUAAAUUUAGGAUUAGCAGCAUUAAAAGUCAGAGAGACAUCCCCACUGCAUGUCUGGUGACAGGUGUGAAUAUGCCUGAUCACGAGGCAAUCUUUGGGAGUCUGGUACGGAUGCUUCACGAUGGAGUUACCCCACAUAUUGCACAGCUCCACAGCAGGAAUUGUACCACUGUAAGAGUUGCAGCAUUCAAGAUGAUCUCGCAGUUGAUGGGUCAGAAUGCUGUAAUGGAUCCAGAUUCUGUUGAUGAAAUGGCUAGUGGUCCAUCUGUAAAACGUGCACAAUGUAAUAUGAGUGUCCUAACUGCUUGGUACAAGGACUUAGUUGGGGACAAAACACUGGAAAGUACACCACCCCGUUCUAGCAAAGGAUCUCCACAAAAGUCCCCUAGAAAGUCUAUGGAAUCCCCCCGGAAAAUGACAGGAUCCCCGUGUAAAAACCAAGGCUCUCCACGAAAAAGCAUGGGAUCUCCCCGAAAGAGUGCAUCUUCUCCAUUAAAGAGUGCAGGUUCCCCCUCAAAGAAAUUGAAGUCAAACAGUGGAGCUGCAGUUUCAAGGACACAACAACCAUUAGUCAUUAUAUUUGAAGAUGUGGAGAGCUUCCCUACAAAUGUUUUACAUGAUCUCAUCCUUAUUUGUAGUGAACACUGCUCUGAGCUACCUUUUGUGUUUGUGUUUGGUGUUGCAACCACUCCUGCAGCUGUCCACCGAAGUCUCUCUCAAGAUGCCUCUGCUUGUAUUGCAAUUGAGACCUUCCAAGCUCAGCCUUCUACUCACUAUCUCAAUCAGGUUAUUGAGCAGGUUUUGAUGUCAGAAAAGUUACCAUUUCACAUUGGAGGCAAAACUUUCAAAUUGCUUUUGGAUAUCUUCUUGUAUCAUGAUCUGUCUGUUAAGAAUUUCAUCAAGGCUCUUCAAUUGUGUAUGAUUGAGCACUUCAUGGCAAACCCGGCUACAUUCCUGUGCUGCAUUGCAUCAUCCAGAUCUUCAAGAGUUAAGAAUAUGAAUGCAUCACAGCUGGACAUUAUACGGAAGCUACCUUCGUUCAGGAGUUAUGUUGAAGGUCGUCCACCAAAAGAACAAGCAGCUCUUCUCCUUGAUGAAAAAGUUACUAAGGAAACUAUACAGACCCUUUUGAGUGACUUAGAUAGUUGGUACAAGAGGUUCUGCUGCCUUGUGAAGGUUGUACAUGCCUUGACAAACUCCCUUCCAGGUUCUCCACUUGGACGUCAUGUUAGAGAAGUGCUGAUCACCUGUUUAUCACAAUCGCUAGUAGAAACAGAAGAGUAUAAGCAGGCACAAAAGUUGCUGGGACUCAUGGCACGGGAAGAACUACUACCCAUUUUACGAGAAAUGAUGUCUGUUUUGCAAGAAUAUAAUGAGGAUGAAGAACUGUCCUCUCUAUAUGACAAACUGGUGUGUGAUGUCGCUUAACAGUUUGAUCAGCUUCCUGAGUCAGUUGAGGAGUCCAAAGAAGAAGAAGAUGCAAUCAGUAUACAAGCAUCUGACAGGUUUCAGUUGAAGGAGAAAUUGCAAGAACUGGCAAAGAAAAAAGCUAAAAAACCCAAUGCAUUUGAAUCGUUGAGAGCAGAGUUCUUGCACAGCCUAGAAGAUGUCUUCAUAACCCAGCUUCAACCACCAGUGAAAAGACCCCUUCAUGAGAUUAUGUUUUUUGAUUGCUCAUCAACAGUAAAGAGGCAUCUUAUUGGCAUGCCUAGAGCUGCCCUUACCACUGCACUUUCCAACCCACAUCAUUAUCUUCAGGUAAGAAG